UUCUGAUCUGAGAAUUGUACUAAAGCGACUGAGAAAAACUGUAAAAGGGGCUGGUGCAAUGUGGUUUGGGUGGCAAUCGAAGGUGGGUGUCCCUGAAGCCCAAACCCCUGUUCCAUAGGAGCAGGAAAAAGUGGCAGGGAGAGGGAUUUCUGGGCAUCUUUGCCAAGACUGCUGCCCCCACGAACCUGUCCUGGAUGAGUGGAAGAAAAUGGAUGGAUGGACAAGACAAAUAUUUUUUUAUUAAAAUAAAUCACAUGUAUAUUUAAUAUGCAUACCUACAUAUUACACAUUCAUGUUAUUUACCUAAAACAGUGAACAUUAAAAUUAUUAUUAUUUUAUCUAAACAUUAUUUCAUUAAUAUUUCUGCAUUAAUGAGACUUCAGACAUACAUGUAAAAAGGAAAAAAAUAAUUAACGUGUAGCACUUGUCACAGCAUGUAGUGGGUUUGUGUGCGCGCGCAUGCGUGUGAACAGCAGGGUGUGCGUAAAGCUUCGCGGAGGGAGAAGACUCAGAAUUAUUUAAAGAAAAACGGCUCAACAACGAGACGGAGUGCUUUUAAUCUGAAAGAGGGAAAAGGAAUGUUGUAAUCUGGGAAAUUGCGAAACCCUUGUUGUGACAGAGCAUCAGAAACGGACAACCCUUCCCAUUUGAGCCGCUCUGUGGUAAAGUGAAGGACUGUCGAGGAAGGUUUCCUAUGAGGUUCCAAAUGGAACCUCAUAGUUUCCGGGAUUCAGCAGUGAGGACGGUAUGUGGACGUUGUUCAUUCAACUGUUCUGCUCCAGCUGCCUGCAGGUGGCAGCAGGUUACCAACCGUGCAGCUUAAUGGAAUUACAGGCGUACUGUGACUCUCGAGAGUACCAGUGGGUUCCAUCCUUGCCGUCCAACAUCACCCACCUCCACCUGCAGCUAAACAAAAUCAGUGAGAUCAACAGCUCAUCAUUUAGAGACUACAAAGAGCUGCAGUUUUUGGACCUUGGAAACCAGGUGGUAGCUCUAACUAUCAGAGAAAAGUCUUUUCUUCACCAAAAGAGUCUGGUAAAAUUGAUUCUUGGUUCUAAUCGUAACCUUCAGCUGGAAUCAAAGUCCUUUCAAGGUCUGUCCAAUUUACAGCAGCUGUUUCUGGAUUAUUGCGAUUUGACAGACUCGAUUUUGUCAGAAAACUUUCUGGAACCUCUCCUGUCCUUGAAAGCUCUCGUCCUCUAUGGUAACAAAAUAGUAAAACUCCAGCCUGGUCUUUUCUUCUCAAAUCUCACGUAUUUCACAUAUCUUGACCUCAAACUGAACUGGAUUGAAAAAAUAUGCGAAGACGACCUAGUUGGUUUUAGGGGUAAAUACUUCAUCUACCUGACCUUGCAUUCAAACCGAUUGGGUCAGAAUAGUGUGGACUGGAAGACCUGUGGAAAUCCUUUCAAAGGAAUAUCCUUUGAAACUCUAGAUUUAUCUAGAACUGGUUUUGAUUCAGAGUCAACAGCGCAGUUCUUUCAAACAAUUUCUGGCACUCAAAUUUACCAGUUGAUAUACUCUGGCACCUUAGGAAAAGGCUUUUCUUAUAGCAACCUUCCUGAUCCAACUAAUAGUACAUUUCUAGGACUCCAGAAUAGUUCUUUGAAGAUAUUUGAAAUUCCUGGACAAUGGAUUUUUAAUUUGCAGCCUUAUGUCUUUGGAGCUUUAGAGGAUGUGCAACUUAUCGACAUUUCCCGCAACAAAAUUAAUCAAAUCAGCGUGAACGCCUUUAAGGGACUUGACAAACAUUUGAAAAAACUCAACCUUUCAUUGAAUCUUUUAGGAGAAAUUUAUUCCCACACAUUCAGCGGGUUGGCAGAGCUUACAGUUCUGGAUUUGUCCUACAACCACAUUGGUGUGUUAGGACAUAAGGCUUUCAGCUAUCUUCCCAAACUGCAAGAUUUAUAUUUAACUGGAAACUCGCUUAGAAAUUUGGGUUUUCCUGCAAAUUUACCAAAUCUGAACUUUCUUUUCUUGGGAGACAACCGUUUAACUACGCUGAGCAGCAUCUUAAAUUUAGGAAAUACCGCUUUCUACAUAGAUGUAACUUACAACAGAUUAACAAACAUAGAAGAUGUCUAUCUAAUAUUAACCAAUUUCAGCCGACUUCACCAAUUUUACUUUGGUGGCAACAAUAUCAAAUGGUGCACCCUUAACCAGGGAACUGCAAUGCCCCAUGAGAACAAAUUGCAAAUCCUGGAUCUUUAUGGGAGUUACCUUCAGAUCAUUUGGGAAGGAGGGAAAUGUCUGGAUCUGUUCGACCAUCUCAGCAAUAUGCUCAAGUUAAUUUUAAGCAACAAUUUUCUCAAAGUUCUUCCACCUGGGAUUUUCCGGGGGCUCACUUCGGUUGUUGACAUUGACCUUUCAUUCAAUUCCUUGACCUAUCUGGAGGCGGAUGUCUUUCCGGCCAGCCUGGAAGUACUCCGCCUCUCACACAACUUCCUAGCCACCCCUGAUCCAAAAAUUUUCGAGUCUCUUACCUAUCUCAGCUUAUCGGGAAAUCAGUUCAGCUGCGAUUGUUCUCUGGAGGGUUUCCUAGAGUGGCUGAAUGUAACCAAUGUUACCUUUUUCAGUCCGGUUGAAGAGUACAGAUGUGGGUUUCCUGCUGCCGUCUAUAACAUUCCUCUGCUUGAAUAUUACACCAUCAUUGAGCCCUGUGAGGAGGAUGAUGAAAAGAUCGUUGCAGCUCUCAAAUUUACCCUUUUUGUCCUUUCUGCCACAAUUGUCCUUAGCAUCACACUCAGUGGUCUUAUUUAUGCCCGACUCAGAGGUCAGAUAUUCAUUAUCUACAAAAACAUGAUCAACAUGGUUUAUGCGGGCCCAAAACCAACACCAGCAGAAAACGACUCGGAGUUUGAUGCCUUCCUCUGCUUCAGCAACAGUGACUACAAGUGGGUGGAAGAAGCUCUGCUGAAAAAGCUGGACAACCAGUUUUCAGAGAAAAACGUCUUCCGCUGUUGUUUUGAGGCCAGAGACUUUCUUCCCGGGGAGGACCACCUCUCAAACAUCAGAGAUGCAAUCUGGGGCAGCAAAAAGACAGUUUGCAUUGUCUCAAAAAAGUUUCUUGAAGAUGGUUGGUGUUUGGAGGCUUUCUCUUUAGCCCAGGGCCGAAUGCUGGAGGAACUAACAAACAUUUUGAUUAUGUUGGUGGUUGAGAAGAUGGCUCACUAUCAGCUGAUGAAAUGCAACGCAGUCCGAGCAUUCGUUCGGACGAGAGAGUACCUGACGUGGCCAGAAGACCCUCAGGAUUUGGACUGGUUUUAUGAGAAACUUAGCUUGCAGAUCCUCAAAGACACCAAGGUGAAGAAAUUUGCGUUGGAUGAACAUGAGGCUGGGAAGCUAGCAAGGGCCGAACCCAUUCCUGAUGGUUUAGAAGACAUUGGUAUGGAUGAUAUUAGAGUGGCUGGUGUCUGAACUCUUGAACCUCAUUUACUGUGAAGUUUUUCUCUGGUUAAAAAUCCCCAUUCAUGCAUACUGUGUGUCAGAAUGGCUUUCUUUAUAAAGGUCACUGUAAUUUCAAAAACAUAUUUUUAAAUGGCAUAAUUGAUUGUACUUUUACUUUAUCUUUUUGACAUUUUAUGAAAAUGUAGAUUUUUCUUGACUACUUAUGUGGCAUUACAUUGAAUGUGAAUGUAUAUUUAAAACAUUUUUAUAUGUGUGGUGUACAUACUUCUGUAUUUUUUGAGAGGUUGGUUAAAAGAUAUACAAAGGCAAAGUUUUGUUUGGUGACAUCUGUAAAGAACAGUGGGGUUGAGGUGUAAUGGAAUACGAUUUUCCCUGUUUAAAAUUGCAUUUCUGAGUAUUUCUUUGUUGUUUUUUAAGACAGCACUCUGUCACUGAUAGGAUAUCACAUUGUAUGUUUUACUGAUUUUUUUGUGUUUAAUUUUCUUACAAAGAAGCUUCAUUGAUGUCUAAUGAGAUCCCAUUGGCUGAAUUUAAAUCCAUUUAAGAUAAAAGAUUUAGGCAGCGUUGAUCAGGAUUUGCAAGCAAAUUUUAAUGAAAAAAAUUUGGGAUGUGUUUGUGUUUGAUGAAGAAAUCAAUUAAACUAUUCUUUUCCUGGUU